GCUGCUGUCAGAAGCGCAGACCAUGCGCCGUCUGUAUAAAUCGGAUGUGCGCAAACGUGAGCGCUGCUGUCCGCCGCCAUUCAAAACAAACACUGGGCCCGGAACAAGGAAGUCGUGCACCUGUUGCUCCUGCCUUACAGUACCUUUCCACACGUACUGCGCUUUCUAUAAUCUAAGAAGAGUUGUGAAGCCUCAUCAUGGCAGACGCGGAGGAUGAAGUAGUUAAAGGAAGUGAAGAGCAGCAGCAGCAGGCGGAGGAGGAGGUUGAUCUCAGCUCCUCUCCGACCCCUCCGGAGGACUCUCGGACAGCUGCUGGCCGCAAAGGGGACGCGCAGGAGCGGCCAGCGGAGAGCGUGGCCACCUCGACCCAGGGCCGUCACCUACUGGUGGAGCCCACCCUGGACCAGUUUAAACUAAGGAAGUUUUUCGUGUUAAGGCCUGGCACUCUGAAUCAGGCCAUCAAAGACGUUGAAGCUCUGGUGAAUGAGGAGGUAGAUGGCAGCGUUCUCAGCGUUUGGCUGAUGGCAGAAGUGGAUCACUGGAACAAUGAAAAGGAGCGCAUUGUUCUCAUCACAGAAUUCUCUCUCCUGGUCUUCAAGUACGACUUCAUGAUGUUCAACUGUGACCAGAUGCAGAGGAUCCCGCUUAACUUUGUGGACCGCAUCUCCCACGGCACCUUCAGCUUCCCAAAGCGCUCCCUGCUGGAGAGAAACGGAGAAGGGGUGCGAGUCUUCUGGGACCGGCUGAGAGAGCCUUCCUUUACCUCCAGGUGGAACCCCUUCGCCACCGACUUCCCCUUCAUCACAUUCACGUACCACCCCGUGAGAAAGAUCAGCGAUGUCUUCACUGCUCUCACUGAUGUAAGUUGAUUAAGCAUGUAUGGAUCUCUAUAGAUCACACAC